UUGUCAAACGUCAAACUCAAGGUCGUGGUAAUUUUAUGCAGAAAAUAAAAAAGUGAAUCACCUAUUAUUAUUAAAAAAGUGAAAAACAGAUAAAAACUAGUUGAAAAUGAAUCGAUUAUUCGGCAGAGGCAAACCGAAAGAACCUGGCCCUAGUAUAACGGACUGUAUUGCGGGGGUGGAUCAACGAGCAGCAAAUGUUGAAAAGAAAAUACAAACCUUGGAAAAUGAUCUCCGGAAAUUCAGAGAUCAAAUGUCUAAAAUGAGGGAGGGGCCAGGAAAAAACGCAAUUAAAGCUAAAGCACUGAGGAUCUUAAAACAAAAGAAAAUGUAUGAGCAACAACUGGACAAUUUAAGAGGCCAGAGUUUUAACAUGGAACAGGCGAAUUAUGCCCACCAAGCGUUGAAAGACACGCACACCACUGUUGUAGCUAUGAAAGAUGGGAUGAAACAGAUGAAGAAGGAAUUUAAAAAGAUAAACAUUGAUGAUAUUGAUGAUGUUCAAGACGAGAUGGCUGAUUUGAUGGAACAAGCAGAUGAGGUCCAAGAAGCUCUUGGUAGGAGUUACAAUACACCUGAAUUAGAUGAGGAUGAUCUUGCUGCUGAAUUAGAAGCCUUGGGUGAUGAAAUUGCCCUAGAUGAUGACACUAGUUACUUGGAUGAUGUUAAAAAUGCACCAGAGGCACCUAAAGAUAAACCUGAAUCGGAAAAAGAUAAAAACAAGGAUGGAAUUCCAGUUGAUGAGUUUGGUUUGCCGCAAAUUCCAAGUCAUACAAAUUAAAUAUGCCUUCAUUAUUCUAAAUGUAAAUAUGCUAAAAUCAGCUACAGGUCUGUGUAGAUCAUUUAUUGCACAUAAUGGUAGUUGAGAUGUAUUUUCAUGUGAUUUACAAUUUAAGUGAAUACUUUUUUUGGUUUUAUAUUUUAUAAUUAAAAAGUUAACAAGCUA